CUCGCUCGUGGGUCCUCCAGGUUGAGGGGCUGAGGGGGAGCAGCGGCCGCCAUGUCGGCUCCGGCGGAGGAGGCCGCGGAAGCGGUGGGCCCGGCCGAGAAGCGCCCGGACCUCGUGGAUCUCCUGGAACGCUGCGGGAGCUGCCGGGUGCUGCUGCAGGCCGAGAGGGAACCGCGGUUGUUGCCUUGCCUGCAUUCGGUGUGUCGGCAGUGCCUGCGGACCAGCCCGGGGCCUACAGCCGACUCAGGGCCUGGCGGGCAAGUGGUGGACUGCCCCAUCUGCAAGCACCAGUGUCCGCUGCAGGACGUGGUAGAGAAUUACUUCCUCAAAGACAAAGGAGCCAAGAUGGCUGGUGACAACCUGGCCUCCACUCAGUGCUGCACCAGCUGUGAGGACAACGCUCCUGCUACCAGCUUCUGCGUGGAGUGCUCAGAGCCACUGUGUGACACCUGUGUGGAGGCCCACCAGCGGGUCAAGUACACCAAGGACCACACAGUGCGGGCUGCAGCCAACACCAGCGUGAAGGAGGUGGAUCACACUGUGUACUGCUCCGUGCACAAGCAGGAGCCGCUGAUGAUCUUCUGUGACACGUGUGACACGCUCACCUGCCGUGACUGCCAGCUCAACGCACACAAGGACCACCAGUAUCAGUUCCUGGAGGACGCAGUGAAGAACCAACGCAAGAUGCUGGCCACGCUGGUGAAGCGCCUGGGCGACAAGCAUGCCAGCCUGCAGCACUCCACCAAGGAAGUGUGCAGCUUGAUCCGCCAGGUGUCGGAUGUGCAGAAGCAGGUGCAGGUGGAUGUGAAGACGGCCAUCCUGUGCAUCAUGAGGGAGCUCAACAAGAGGGGCAGGGUGCUGGUGAGCGACGCCCAGAAGGUGACGGAGGGGCAGCAGGAGAAGCUGGAACGGCAGCACUGGGCCAUGACCAAGCUGCAGAGGCACCAGGAGCACGUCAUGCGUUUCACCUCCUGGGCCCUGGAGAGCGAAAACAGCACUGCGCUGCUCCUCUCCAAGAAACUGAUCCACUUUCAGCUCCAGCGCGCCCUCAAGAUGAUCGUAGACCCGGUGAAGCCCCAGGGUGACAUGAAAUUCCAAUGGGAUCCUAACGCCUGGACCAAGAGUGCUGAGAGCUUUGGCACCAUCGUGUCGGACAACGGCCUCCUCCCACCAGCCCUCAGCCCCCAGCCACCGACUGCCAGCCCCUCUUCGGGCCCCUCACAGGGUUCCCUGAAAGCCACAGUGGUGAGCAAAGGACAAUGUGCCCCCAGCCCCCUCCUGCAGUCCCCCAGAGCAGCCCAACCCGAGGACAAAGAAGGCCAGGAGACCCCUGGCACCCCCCAAGCUGGCGAGGAUGGGGUGGAGACGCCAAACACACCUCAGGGUCCCUUGGGAACUGAGGGUCCCGACUUGUCCCCACCCUGCCUUGAACCUCAGGUGUCCAAGACGUCCAAGGAUGCCAACGUGGAGCUGGCAGGUAAUGCCUCUCCCGACCGUGCUGCCACAGGAGCCAAGAGGAGAAGACACGCAAAUCCUCCUGACCAGGAGGUAGAAGAGAAGUUUGUUCCAAAGCUGCUCGUUAAGCGCAGCCAACCCUCGGGGGGUCCCACGCUCCGCAAGGUGCCACGGGUCAGCCUGGAGCGCCUGGAUCUGGACCUGUCAGGGGAAGCACAGCCCCCCGUCUUCCGUGUCUUCCCCGGCACCUCAGCUGAGGAGUUCAGCCUCAUCGUCAUUGAGCGGGGGGCACAGCCCCAGCCUGCUCCUCCACCCCCACCCGCUAUCAAGGAGGAGCAGAAGGAAUUAUCCAUCGGGGACGCCGAGGACACCAAACCUGUGGUUCUGCCUCCCAAGCCCCCCAGCGGGGUGGUGACAGGACCCGAAAUCCCCCCGGCACCCACCGUGGCCCCCACGGGGACCCACCGCAACGUCUCCUGCUGCCGUGUCUGCUGCCAGGCCGGUGCUGUGGUGAUGUGUGACCUCUGUGAGCGCUGCUACCACCUCGACUGCCACCUCCCCGUGCUCCACGUGGUACCAAGCCACGACUGGCGCUGCCUGCUGUGCCAGGACCUGCCACCCCAAACUGAGGGACUCACCAACGGCGGUCCCAAGGAGGGCCAACUCCCCACGCUCUGCCCCACGGACCAGCAGAAGUGCGAACGGGUGCUACUGGAGCUGCUGUGCCACGAGCCCUGCCGCCCCCUGCACCGCCUUUCCAGCUCCACGGAGAGCACUGAUGCCAUCGACCUGACCCUGAUCCGCGCCAAGCUGCAGGGGAAGCUCUCCCCCGGCUACAGCAGCCCGGAGGAUUUCACAGCUGACAUUGGUCGCAUGAUCCAGCAGUUCAACCGCCUGACAGAGGACAAAGCCGACGUGCAGUCCAUCCUUGGCGUGCAGCGCUUCUUCCAGGAGCGGCUCAGCGCUGCCUUCAGAGACCGCAACUUCUCCACCCUCCUCGAUCCCACCGUGCCCAUGGAAGGGGCUGAAGGCACUGCAGCAGCCCCCCCUGCCCCUCUCCCUGCCCCUCCUGUGGCCCCCUGAGCCCUCCCAGUGUUGCUCUGGGCUGCAGGAUAGCGGAGCUGGGCGGGUAGACCUGAUGAUCCUCAGCGAUCAGGAGGAGGGGAGAGGUGGGGGGGGGGGUAUCCCUAUGCCUCCCCCCCCCCCCCCCCCCUCAGGCUGUGGGACUCCCUGCAAUCCGUGAAUAUUUCCCACUCCACCCCCCUUCCUGUGGGGCUGCCCCACUGCACCUCUUCGUGGCUGUGGGGUGGAGCUGUUGCCCUCAGAAACAGGAUGGAGGGGAGGCGAGGGGCCUCUUUGUGCCCCUGCUACCCACCGCGGCUGGCCCCCUGGUGUUUCAUUUAGAUCCUAUUGUUCCCCCCACCCCCCUCUCCCUCUUAUGGGGCUGCCCUGUGCCCCACACCGCUGUACUGAUGGGGCCAUCCCCUUUUUAUGGAGGUUUCCCCCUCUUCUUUUUAUGGGAGCGUCCCCGCUCUAUGGUAUUGAUAAAUAAUAAAGUUAUUUCUUAAUCUCUUA